AUGGCGGCCCGUCCUGGUAUUUCGAAGGCGCUAAUGGAUAUGAAGUUUAUGCAACGCACAAAGAAGAAGUUUGAAAUGAAAGAGGCACAGAAGAAGGAGCUGGCCGAGAAGAAGCGUCUCUUGGGCGAGGGACCCAGCCAAAAUGAAGUUGUCGUGAAACAAGAAGCCGAUGAAGCGCCACAAUAUGAAUUCGUACGUUCUUACGACCAGCUGGAGGAUUUGCGGUUUGGCCGUUUUUCAUUCAAAGGAUUUAACCCAGAAGUCGAGAAAUUAAUGAUAUUCCACGAAAGACUACGCAAGGGUCUUCCAACUGAGGAUUCGGAAGAAGAAGCUGAAGUGAAUAAUGCGGAAAUGGCGGAAGCGCUCGGAGGUUCUUUGCGGAAAAAGUUUCAAAAGAAGGGUGAGCGGACGCCUCAGGAAGAGACGACGCUUCGGGAUGAGACGGUUGGAAAGCCGUCUGGCCGCUUUUUCAACGAGAUUUGCCUUGACCCGAGUGGUUAUCCCCACAAUCCGAUGGUGAAUUCCGGGGCUAUCGGAGUCGCGUCUCUACUGCAGCCCGACCUCGACAUGGCCGACCGGUUUGAGCACGUGCUCACCGAGUACAAGGAAUUUGCCGGUGGCGAAGACGUCGGACCCUACGUACCCGCAGUUUCUUAUCCGAAAGAGCAACCGCCGACCGGAACUACGCGAUUGCCCACUUUU